AUGGCAAUUGAUUUUUCUUCAAAGCAAAUUCAGGAUAACCCAAUUUACCAAGAAUAUGUUAAACUUGGGGUAACAUACCAGAAGUAUGUGGAUCAAUCUGUUCCGUACACAUUCAAUAGAUGGGUUGGGUUUGGUGUUGUGUUUGCAUUAUUUUUACUUCGUAUUGUGUAUGUGCAAGGAUGGUACAUUAUAUGCUAUGCUUUGGGUAUCUAUUUAUUGAACUUAUUCUUAGCGUUUUUGACACCUAAGUUCGAUCCUUCUUUGGAGCAGGAAAUGAAAAAUGAAUCAAUUGAAGAAGGUUUACCAGAAGAUGAGCAGGUACCAGAAGAUGAGGAAUUCAAGCCAUUUAUAAGAAGAUUGCCCGAAUUUAAGUUUUGGUAUAAUGCUAUAAGGGCUACGACUUUGUCAUUGUUCUUGUCAUUUUGGACUAUUUUUGAUAUUCCAGUUUUCUGGCCAAUAUUAUUAAUGUACUUCCUUAUUUUAUUUGCGUUAACUAUGAGAAAACAGAUCCAGCAUAUGAUCAAGUAUAAAUAUUUGCCAUUCGACUUUGGAAAGACUAAAUAUAGAUCAAGAUCCUAA